CCCCCCCCACAAUUACGCCACUGCUUUUGUGUAUACUCUAUAAUAUGUAUUCUGAAAUCUACAUUCGUGAACAGGUUAUUGAAGGUUUAGGCAUAAAUUAUAAAUAGUACAGAACAUAGUACUCGCUAGACGCUACACUGCCAAUGGUCACUGUCAUAGAAUACACUUAAUUCUUGUCUAUGAGAAUACAGACUGGCGAGUGCCACGAUGCCACACGAUUAUUUUUAUCACUAACGACAAACAACAGUCUAUAAUCACAGAAUAUUCUGUGCUAUAAGUGGCGCUAUAAUCACGGAUAUCUAUAUCCGUGGCUAUAAUCCACAGAUAAAUUAUUGAUAAGAAAAAAUGAAUUUACCUUCAUAAAUAUUAAAUAGUAAAUAGUAAAUACUAGAAAUACGCAGACGCGCAAUUAAAAUAUAUCGUACAAAUCGCAAAUUGCAGACAUAAUAUUUAUCUUAAUAUUUACUAAAUUGAUACCAGUUUGAAUGCGUCAGCAGUCAAGAACUAUAAAGUUUAUGAUAAUGAGCAACUUAAACUUAAACAAAAAAACCUAUAUUUAUGAAUUGCCAUAUACCGAACGUAAGGAAUUCUGCAAUAUAAUUGACAUGAAUGAUAAAUGGGAAGAACUAGGUGGAAAGUAUAUGAAAAUUGACUGUGCAACAUUAUUUAAAAUUAGCAAAGCUCCUAUGCGAAAUCAUUCUUCUACCGAUGAACUUUUAACAUUAUGGGGAGAACAAAAUCAUACAAUAUUAGAAUUAUUUACUAUCUUGUAUGAAAUGCAGCAUUACAGAGCAAUGAUUAUACUUAAGCCAUUUGUCGAUCAUAAAUACCAUAAAUUGAUAUACCAGGGUGAUAAAAGCUAUAGUAACCUAGUAAAGACAGAAACUGGCAAUGAUUUAAAUAAUGAAGUUGGUAAUCUUAUAAAAUUGAACACUGACAGCAAUCAAAGAAGAGCAAAUAAUCUAGAACGUGAAGAUUUAAAUAUAUCAGGAAAAAUAAAUGAGCAUAUCUAUUCUGAUCCAUCUGUAAUGUUUUCCUCUGCUGAAGCAUGUACACCUUUAAUAACAUACAAUGAACUUGAACAAGCUACUAAUUACUGGAAUAAGGAAAAUAUUUUGGGAAAAGGAGGUUUUGGAGUAGUUUUUAAAGGCAUAUGGAAAAACACAGCAGUUGCUAUUAAACGUCUUGAAGUUCAGAAAGGAGCAGAACAACAAUUUAAUAUUUUAGAAGCUCAAAGACAACAAUCUUUAAGAGAACUGAAGUAUUUAAAUUCUUGCAGACAUGAUAACAUUUUAUCUCUAUAUGGAUUUAGCAUUGGUGGCGAAAAACCAUGUUUAGUGUAUCAAUAUAUGAUCAAUGGUUCUCUUGAAGAUCGAUUACAAUGUCGACAAGGAACUAAACCUUUAACAUGGUAUAUUCGUUUUAAAAUUGCAACAGGAUCUGCUAGAGGAUUGCAAUUUUUACAUGGAAUGGAUAAACCUUUAAUCCACGGAGAUAUUAAAAGUGCAAAUAUUCUUUUGGAUCCAUAUUUUGAACCUCGUAUUGGUGAUUUUGGAUUAGCUCGUGAAGGACCUCUUCAAGAAUAUACUCAUGUAAAAGUUAGCCAUGUUCAUGGAACAAGGCCCUAUCUACCUGAUGAAUUUUUAAGAGGCAAAAAGUUUUCCACUAAAGUUGAUACUUAUAGUUUUGGUGUAGUACUUUUUGAAAUUGCUACUGGACAAAGAGCAUAUGACAGUUUAAGAAAUCAUAAAUUUUUAAAAGACCAUGUUGAAAAUAAUGAUUGUCCAAUUUCUGAUAUGGCUGAUGUGAAAGCAGGACCAGAUGAAAAUAAUGUUUAUCUUUCACUCAUGACUAUUGGUAAAGAUUGCGUUAGUUAUAAAGCAAAAGAUCGUCCUGAAAUGGAACAAGUAUUAAGGAAAUUAGAUUGUGUCAUGUUACAAGAAAAACAUCAAUCUACUAUCAGACAUAGUUAUUUACCAACAUUUCAAUACGAGAUGCAAAUGAGAAAACUUUCAACUCCAUCUGGAUCUUACCAUCCACAACCAUGGCUAUUUAGUCCUGUUCCAAGUAAUCAAUUGUUAAAACCAAAUACAUCACCUGUACCUCAUUUUGGAGCAUUAACUGUUCCUGAUCAAAUCGAAGGUAUAGUCGUGCCUCAAAUAGAAAUAAAGAACAACUGUUUAAAAGUAACAAGUAAUCCAACUACUACAAGAUCCACUAAUGCUUCGCCAUCCAUUAAUGAAUCACUUUCUGACAGUCAGUUGACUAAUAAUAGUAAUCCGGAUUCUACUAGUACACCUCAAUUUGUUGAAUCUAAACUUCAAACUAGUGUUGAAAAAAAAAAUAGUGCUUGGAAUAAUUCGAUUCCUGGGGAAUGUGAUGAAUUACCAUUGAUAUCAGAACUGCGAUUACAAUCUAAUCAAAACUCUGUAUGAUAAAUAAUACAUUUAAUGUUUAAUUUAUAAUUUUAUGAUUUUUAAUUUUAAUAUUUAAUUCUUAUAAUCUUAGACAUUAGACAGUUUUAUUAAGUCAAUAUUUAAUAAUAAGUAAUUAUUAAUUAAAUAUUUUUAUUACCAUUAUAUGUAAUUGUUAAUUGUUAUACCAACUUUUAUUCUAUUUUUAUACAAAUAUUGAUAUAUUUCUAACAAAAACUAAAUAAAAAAUUUGUUUUUCUUUAAAUGAAUAUAGUAUGUUUGUUCUUA